GUUAGAAGUAAGACAUAUCAUCGAAAAGGUGAUAUCUUACACACCUAUAUACACAUAACUUACUUAUACAAUAUUAUCGUUAGGAAAACGUACAUUAUAGCGCCCCUGUUGCAAGACUGUAAAUGUUAUAAAUGUAUAGUCACGGCUAUUAUGUUUAAAAUGACUUUUUAUCCAGUGUUACACACAUCUUCAAGGUCCGGUAUCAAAAAGUUUGCAGAUGACUACAGGAGAAGGAAACUGCGGAUCAGGAAGUGUCAACCACCAACACGCCCCCCGCUUACAAAAAGUUCAACAGAUGUCAGAGAACACAAGCUUGAAUACGUCAAAUACCCUGGAAUGUACAGAUACCGCAAGUAUAGGCAUGGAAGUAACCACCUUAGUUAACAAUCAAGAUACCGGAGAUAGUGACAAUGGGACGCGGUUACCCGAUCUGGUAGUCGAAACCAAAAUUUAUGAUGGAGAGCAAGUGCAAGAAGAAACAUACUUCUCAGUUGCUAUUCAAGUGUUCAUUCCUUUUUUAAUAGCUGGUUUUGGUAUGGUUUUUGCUGGUCUCGUUUUAGAUAAAAUUCAGCACUGGGCUGUGUUUGAAGAAAUCACAGAACUAGUAAUCCUAGUUCCUGCAUUAUUGGGUCUCAAAGGUAACUUAGAGAUGACUCUGGCUUCGAGAUUAUCAACACAAGCAAACCUUGGACAUAUGGAUACGACUAAACAGAAAAUAUACAUCAUUGUGGGAAAUCUUACAUUAAUCCAGUGUCAAGCGAUAGUGGUCGGAUUUCUGGGUGCUGUAGUAGCAAUAGUAAUGGGUGCUAUAAAAAGUAAUGAGGUGGAGUUGGACCAUGCUUAUCUUCUAUGUGCUAGUAGCUUAGUGACUGUAUCUAUAGCCAGUUUUGUGCUUGGACUUAUAACAGCUGGAGUGAUAGUAUUGUCCAGGCAUUGUCACAUCAACCCAGAUAAUGUAGCAACACCUAUAGCAGCUAGUUUGGGAGAUAUUACAUCUUUAGCUCUUUUAUCGUGGGUUUCUACGGUGCUUUACGAUUCAAUAGGCACCCAGGACUGGCUAGCUCCAGUGAUAAUAGCGGCUUACAUUCUUGCAAUACCCCUUUGGGUAUACAUAACAAAAAAGAACCUGCAAACCCGCGAUGUCUUGUACUACGGCUGGACACCGGUCAUGGGCGCCAUGUUGAUAAGCUCCAUGGGCGGCCUGAUCUUAGACUUCAUGGUAUCCAGAUUCGAAGGCAUUGCAGUCUUCCAGCCUGUCAUAAAUGGAGUUGGUGGAAACCUUGUUGCAGUACAAGCUAGUAGAAUAUCCACCGCAUUACAUAAGCAAGCAGAACUAGGAAUUUUGACAUCAGAAAACAACGCUGAUGAAGAUACUGUUAUUUUUAUUUCCCCAGUAGCUCUGUUUUGCGGCAAAACGAUGCAUGCUAGAACCACUAGGGUGCUUAUGACCAUGGUACUUCCUGGACAUCUCAUUUUUAUCUAUACAAUUGACUAUAUGAAAGAUGGAGAUACCUCACUUAGUACUUGGUUUGUUAUCGUAUAUCUGUAUGCAGCAGUAAUGCAAGUUGCUACUCUACUUUAUGUCGCUUAUAUUAUGAUUCAUUGGAUGUGGAAACGGAAAAUUGAUCCUGACAAUUCAGCCAUACCUUACUUGACCUCAAUUGGUGAUUUGUUGGGUAUAUCCCUGCUGGCUAUAGCCUUCCAGUUUCUUUACCUUAUUUCAGAUCGAGAUCCAGAUGUUGCAGAUGGAGAAUAGAGAAAAGUUGUUCAAUGGAGGUAUUCAAAACAUGGGUACACCAAUUUUUGUCAACACUUUCGAUUGAAUACCGAAAAACACGUUUUCUCAUUCUUUGUUGUCAAAUAAAGGUUUUCCCACAAAAAUUGGUGUACCCAUUUUAUGCGUCCAUGUUUUAAAUACCUCCUACAACUUGCACGAAUGACACCAGACUUUACAAUUAUUUCAGGGAAAUUUGCUAAAAUGAUUAGACUACUACUUUUGCGGACAAUAUUGGAUAUUUUUAAGCUUUCAAAAUUUGCUACCCCCGCUAUUCAAAAUUUCUUUAAACAAUUUGCUUGUGGCAAUUCCAAGAAAUUGUUUUUUUCGAUCCAGGCAAGAUUUCAAGGUUUUUUCAAUUAUCCUAGACAAAAAGGUUCAUAGCAACUUUUCUCUACGGUUGUCAGUUUCCGAGUUAAAGACUGAAAAACUAUUUUCAAUGCUUAAAAACUCUACUGAAAAAUAUUUUGCGGUUGCCAAAUCUUUAAAUUGAAGUUGAAACAUUCCCCAUCAAGACCCCAAAGAAUAUUUUGGGUUUAGUUUAAAUAAUUGUUGCUUAAUUGCUAAUAACGCGGUAUGGGCCACAUGCAAGUCCCUGCAAAAGGGUGCUUUUAUCAAUGCAAAAUACUUUUCAGGGUCUUGUAAAAGAAAACUUCGAAUAUUAAUUGAGACACUUGGCAACCUCAAAUAUAGUCAUUUUUAACAGUCUUUUGGUUUUUCAGAUAUUAAAUCGCUUCUGGCUCGAAAACAGUAAACUUUAGACAGCAGUUACUAAGGAUGUUUUUUGUUCAAAAUGAUCCAAAAAGCCUAAAAAAAAAUUUGUGCGAAAAAGUGUUUUGCAAUGUGAUGAAAAUUGUUUAACAAAAAAAAUAACAAAAGAGAACAUUGAAAAACAUCUCACACGCCUCGUCUAUAACGAAAUAGAAUUAUUUUUGAUUCAAGACACGGUGAAGCGACAUAGACGUAUGUAAAAAUUUGUUGUAAACAAAUGUGGUUACACUGUAACAAUUCUAUUGUUAAUAUUAGAGAGUUUUGGCAAUCGCAACAAAUACGUAAACGUAACGUUUUUCAACAUGCAAGUCGAUCUAUAUGUGAUAUACAUACAAUAGUGUGUUACACAUUGCGACAUCAGCAAAAUUUGAGUCCAACCGUAUAAAGUCGCCAAAACUAUCAAUUUAGACAAGAUCUAGCAUGUGAUAAAAGGUCUUUAUAAGGGCGGAUUUAAGGGGGCAAUGGGGGACACGCUCUAGAUCUUGGUGUAAAAGUUACCUUAGAGCUGAAUCGUGAGACGUAUCCCACCCCCCGUUCUUCAUUUGUCGCAAGGGCAUUUGCUCUCAGAAGCUAUGCUCAAGUGCUUAAGCAUGCAUCCCUUCAAUUUUUAAUUGCCGCUCCCCACUCCUAAGGCGAACAUCUUACAACACAUGAAUGCUGCGUUUCCCCUAGACAUAUUCCUAAAUCCGCCUUUCGUGUAUUUUAACUGCGAGCGAGUCGGAAAAAUUAACAAAAGUGUAUAGAAACUAUAGAAUUUUGUCAAUUCUCACAUCCUAGGAGCAAUUACAUAAAAUUACUCUCUGUGAAACCUUGUACAGUGGUGUAUAUAGAUAAUAGAUAUGUAUAAAAUAUUUUGAGUAGGUGAUGUUUGUUCAUAUAUCUUGUUUAUUUUUUUAAACUAAUACCAAAACAAUAAACCAACAGAUGUAACCUUAUUUCUUCUGUGAUUUUAUAUCUGAAGAGUUGUUAUGGUUAUUUUUAAAUCGUAGAAGUUCUAUUUAUAUAGAGAAA